AUGGGCAGUGGAGCAGCUGAGAUGAUGUUCCGGAGCGUCUUCAAAGGAAGCAUUUCAAUGCAAGACUGCUUGAUCGAACGGAGGCCCUACCAUCGUAACUGCCAAUGUGCAUUGCACAACCUCAAAGGGAUUUGCUCAUCUACUUGCAGUUCUCGGACAACCAAUAUAUCAUUCCCUAAGAAACAGACAUGGGGUGAUUGUUCCUUGUCUGAUUGUUCCUUGUCUUUAUCGGCUCCCAAAUUCUCUUCUCCAUUUCCUCUUCUUCCUAAUGCCUCCUUCACCAAUACCAUACAAAAUAUUGAUUCAACUCCGGUUUUGUACGAAGCAGAAGCUCAGCGCAGUUAA